AUGCGAUCGAGGCCAGGGAACUGCAGUGUACAGAAUAACGUUUUCUGCCUACCCAACGGAAGGCAGUUCAACGGCAAGCAAUUCGAUCUCCUUUGGAUUAGGGUGGUGGAAUUGCCAUUCUCGGACUGUGUUCAUCUUAAGAACAGCUUCGACGACGGCAGGCCGGUGAAGGUCGCGCGCGACGGACAAAGGAUUGAUCAAUCUACUGGAAAGGAACUGUGUAUACUCUUCGAGAACAGGUUCUUGCAGAAACCCAUACCGUGGCAACCGGAAAUGUACGGAAGCCAAUAUGGUGCGUACGUGAUCAACCCUCAAGGAUAUCAAUGCGUGGGAGUAGCCCCAGGUGCACAGACCAUACCCCCGUUGUCUGGAUUUCCGGUUAUACCAAUAUCUCACGCCCCAGUUGAUUUGCAGCACAUUGGCGUUGUGGCGCCUUACUACCAGGUGCCCCCCGUGUCGUCACCUCGGAAUCAAAAAAGGUCGCGAAGUGGCGCAACGCCUCAAAACGGGCAGGCUGAAAAGCCCACUGACGUUGAAGGAGGGUACCGCAUGACCGAGGAUCACGCGUUAAAGGCGGCGGAGUAUAACCCGGCACUGGCAAUUUUCCCUGUUGAUUUAACGAAUUUGUCAUACGAGCACUACAUCUCCCUAUAUAACGUCUCGCACCAGUACUGGAUUGAACAACAGGAACCUGAUGUUAAACCCGAAAGCGAGUGA